AUGUCUCUUAGGAGUAUCUCAUCUGGAAUAUUACGUACACCCAAUUCGGCAUUUGUCAAUCUAUUAGAUUAUCCUUUUCAACCAAAUUAUAUUGAUUUAUUAAAUCCUGGUUCGAUUGGUGAUGGUAAAACAAAAUUACGUUUACAUUAUUUAGAUGAAGGAAAUCAAAGUAGUCCGGAAACAAUUUUAUUAUUACAUGGUGAACCAAGUUGGAGUUAUUUGUAUCGUCAUUUUAUACCAAAAUUAAAACAAUAUCGAGUUAUUGCAGUUGAUUUAAUUGGAUUUGGUAAAUCGGAUAAACCAACGAAUAAAAAUGAUUAUACUUAUCAAAGACAUGUGAAUUGGAUACGAGAAUUUAUUGAAAAUCUUAAUUUGAAUAAUAUUACAUUAUUUUGUCAGGAUUGGGGUUCUUUAAUUGGUUUACAACUAGUUGGAACAAAUGGAGUAGGUGAUCGUUUUGCACGAGUUGUUGCGGCUAAUGGUGGAUUACCUACUGGUGAUGGAAAAAUUUCUAAAGGUUUUAUUCAAUGGCUUGAUUUUGCAUCGCAACAAACGGAAAUGGAUGUUGGUCGUGUAAUCAAAUCUGGAGUUGUUAAAGAUAUGAAACAAGAAGAGAUUGAUGCAUACAAUGCUCCUUUUCCAAAUGAACAAUAUCAAGCUGGUGCUUUAGUAUUUCCAUUAUUAGUACCAAUAACUCCUGAGAAUCCUUCAUCUGAAUAUAAUCGUCAAGCAUGGAAGAAUUUAAAGAAUUUUAACCGACCAUUUCUAACUCUUUUCUCUGAUUCCGAUCCGAUCACAGCUGGUCUUGAUAAAAUAUUACAAUCGAUGAUACCAGGUGCGAAAAAUCAAUCACAUACGACAAUCACUGAUGCUGGACACUUCUUACAAGAAGAUAAACCGCAUGAAAUUGUUGAACAUCUUAUCAAAUUUAUCAAAGAUAAUCCUUUAAUACUUGCACGAUUAUAA